CAUAAAUUGAAGUAGAGAAUUCGGGAGCGGAAAGUCGGAAAGAAAGCGGGCGGGUCUUGGGCUUUUCGCUGGUUCCUCGUUCUCGAGUCUCAGUGGCGAAAGAGCUUAGGCGGUUUUGAGUGUUUACCGGGAAAAGCGAGCUCGUGUAUUCUCGGGAAGAGAAGACCCCCCCACUUUUUUAUUUUCUCGUCUUCCGGUUAUUUUCCGGGAAAGCGCAGGGAAAAUAAAAGGGAAAGGAGAAAGGAAAAGGGAAGGGAAAGAGCUUGCUAGCGGUCGGUGGAUUGGAGGGGAUUGGAGGCGCGUCGGAUGAAAAGCAUCGUCUUCCGAGAGGAGGAAGAAGGAGGAGGAGGAGAAGAAGGAAGCCGAGAGCCAUGAGUAACAAGUCGCCGUUCAGGGAUUCUCUCAAGACCCUCGAAGCUGAUAUUCAGCACGCCAACACUCUGGCCUUGGACUAUCCGAGGGAAAACGGAGCGUACCUUCAGAUGAGAUUAUCUUACAGUCCAGUUGCCCACCUAUUUCUUUUUCUUGUCCAAUGGACGGACUGUCACCUGGCCGGUGCCCUUGGGCUGCUUAGAAUUCUUAUAUACAUGAACCAUGCAGAUGGCAAGACCACUAUGUCUGUUUAUGAGAGGAAAGCGAGCAUUCGAGACUUUUAUGCAAUCAUAUUCCCUUCUCUGUUGCAACUUCAAAGAGGCAUCACAGAUUUGGAAGAGAGGAAGCAGAGACAAGUUUGUUCUGAACGGUAUAGGAGAAAGGAAGAGUCGCAUUGGGGGAAGUUCUCUGAACUGGACUUGGAAAGAGAAGAGGAGUGUGGGAUUUGCUUGGAGGCGACCAGCAGGGUUAUCUUGCCUAACUGCUGUCAUUCUCUCUGUUUAAGGUGCUAUCAGACCUGGCACGCACGAUCUCAGUCAUGUCCAUUCUGUAGGGAUAGCCUCAAAAGAACCAAAUCUGAAGACCUCUGGAUUUACACAGAAAGGUGUGAAAUUGUCGAGUUGCCCACCAUUCUGAAGGAGGAUGCCAAGAGGCUGUUCAUGUACAUUGAUAAGUUGCCUCUCGUCGUUCCGGACACUGUUUUUGUUCCCCACGAUACUCAUUGUAGGUGAGUCGAUUGUCUACUGUACAGGCUUUUGAUGUACAGAGCUUAGCCGAUAUUUAAGAAAAUCUUUCGAAGUGCUGGAGUUAGAUCUGUUCUCACUUCAAUGGGUGUUUGACUCUUGCAAUCCCUGGAGUUUUCUGAAGCAUUUGCAUCCUGUUCUGCCUCUCAGGUUACUUAAUUUAUACUAGUUUGGCUUCUUUCC